AUGCCUGGCCUCUUCUCCAGAAGAUCAAAAGCCAAAGAGCCCCUCCCACUUGCCACAUCCAAGGCCUACUUUGGCGCAGUCAGCUCAGCCGACAUUGACCGUCUCGGUCUUUCAUCACCCACUCCCAGCAAGGCUGACGCCCAUUUGCUACCUACCGUGCCCACAAAGGAUGACAUCCCUCCGCCACCGCCCAAGCACGCCAGCUACGUCUCUGCCCCCUCACCUUUACAGCCAAUCACCAACAAUGCACACCCAACCCCGCACCUCUCUCCCUCAUCUCUGUCGCCUACAUCAACCAACGUGAAUGAUUUUGGUCCAAUGCUAACCCAAAACCCAAGCCGACCUUCGACCUUUGCUGUCUCAUCUCAAUCCACCACCGCCUCCUACCUUCAACCGCCUUCGACCGCUUCCACACUUGCUGCCAACCGUCGGCUCGCGUCUACAGGCUCGCUGUACACAGUCUCUUCCGCAUCGCAAUUCGACCGUCCCAAAUCCUCCUCUUCCUCCGCCUACGAGUCUUCAUCUUGCCUCGCUUCCGCUGUCCCAACCAAAUCUACUUAUCUUUACGGCUACACCACCGAGGCUUGCCAAGAUCAUCUGUCUGCCGUGCGCGUCCUGGCUCUCCUCGAGGCAUGCGCCCAACAAAUCCGAAGUCGCGGUCUCGACAACCCUCUCAUCUUUUCCUCCAUGGCGCUAGAUCUCUCCCCUUCCAAUGUCGCCUCUCUGAUCAGAAAUUACUCGACCUCGGCUGCUACACAAGCUAGCCUACCACCAGCUUUCCUAGACGAGCUUCGAUAUGCCAAUCCACACGAUCUCGCAGCCACCAUCAAGUGGGCCUUUGCCCGCAUGGGUCGCGUCCUGGCUGUCCCCGUGCCUCUGCCAGGUUCCAAGAAGGGCGAGAUGCGCGAAGAGAUGGUCUAUGUUCAUCAACGCGGCUUUCUCGAUCUCGAGACUUACAACGCUUGGCGCGAACAGGAGCGUAGACAUCAGUAUCCUGCCACUGCCUUUCGCGACUUUCUCUCUCAUCUGGCACCCGAAAACGUCAAACUGCUCUCGUCAUUGUUCUCGCUCCUCUCGUCGACCGCCAGCUACUCGUUCAAAAAUGGCAUGAUGCCUGCCAAGCUUUGCAAGCAUUUUGGGCCGUUGCUCUUUGGUCUGCCCGAGGACGAGACAUUUGCUCGCACCUACGAUGCCUAUGUCCGAGCAAGCAAUGCUACCGAGCACCUUCUUCUGGCCUACAUUCGAUUCCAAGCAACCACUACUUCUUUACCUCCCAGGCUUGCCCAGCACAUCAAUGGUUAUCCCUCGAUGCUUCCCGCAGAGAUGACGCUUCCUUCCGCCUCAUCCAAGCUGGUUCCUGUAACUCAGAUCGAGCGCAAUGUACGUCUGUACAGCGUCGACCUCGUUCAGUCCGCAUGCGAAAUUGAUCUCACCCAGCCUUGUCCCGAGUGGCAAGACUGUCGAGACACCAACGAAGCCCUUGGCAAGGACCCACAGCUGUCUGACAAAUUCAGAAAGCUCGUCAACCUUCGCGGCGGCGCUGUCCAGGGCCGCAAGCGAGGCUCAGCAAACACGCGUGAUGCAUCCACCGAGGACGACGAUGCCCUAGCUGCGCACUCAUCACUCGUCAGCAAACAGUGGGGCGACUUCAUGUCAGAGGGCUUCUCCGCACCCGACUCGUCCAAGCUCGCUUUUGAUCUCAACGAGUCGGCUCGACGAAAUCGUACCACCCGACGCGAAACCAGACACUGGAACGAGUUCUCCCAGGCUGGCUUCCAAGACCAAGAGAACGACAACCUGGCUGACGUGCUCAGCUUUGACCAUGUGCUCAAACAGGACGUGCACAACUGGCCAUCAGACCGAGAUCAGCUUGGCGCCAAGCUCAAGGCAAGGCAAAACAAACUGCCCGCCUUCGACUACGAUACCACCCCGCGGCUGCUAACGAGCCCAACGCUGGCAGGUACGCCCAAGGGCAAGUCGGACAACCAUCCUAUUAGCCGCAUGGACGAGACUUUUGCUGAUGUCUGGGCCGACUACCUCUUGGGAAGUGGCUGGAGCAAUCGAGACGAGCUUACGCAUCGCAAUGCCAACUUUGUGGUCGUGCAGUACAAGUCUCGACCCAACGCCAGUACGGUCGGCUCUCAGAGCGCCGGUUCGAGCCUCUCUGCUCCGACACGUUUUCAGGUAUCUGCCAGGAAGGACGAGAGCGUGCCCAAAGAUGAGCGAGUCGAUGCCGCCUGGUUCGUCAUCCAGGAAGUGGUGCCGGCUCAGUACCGCGCCGACUUGGAAGCUACCGGUCGUGGAACAUUCAAGGGUCUUGCCAUGAUCCGCAAAUUUACCAUGUUUCGCUCCCGCAAGGACAAAGACAAAUCAAACGGCAACGAGAGCACGUGCGAAGACGCUCCUACUACUGCUGACGAUGUGUUCCAACCAGGUCCCGGCGGAUCGACGAAACGCAUCUUUCUCAGUGACCAGCUCAAGCGGAACAUGUCCAAGAACGCCUCGCAAAGCACACUGCGAAGCAAUAGGACAAGUGUCGAUCACGAACGACCUAGCAGCGCCCUCGCUGUCCACGAUUCGAACCAGCCCGAAGAAGCGUUCGAUGCGACAGCUUCCAGUAACACACAAUCGCGCGCGGGCGCAGGCAAGCUCAUGUCGACAUUGCGAAGCAAGAGCAUUCGUGUUGUCAAAUCUGCACGCAGGGGCGCCUCGAGUCCCGCCCUAAAGCAUGCUGCCGCGAUUGACGAGUUUGGCACUAGCUCCACGCGUGUUGGCAGCCGCUCGUCGCGCGCACAGCAUGGUGAUGUGGACGUCGACCGCUCUUUCACCAGUGCAGAUUUCGAGACGAGGAGCGUUGCCACUGAUGGCGAGGACAAUGCGAGCCUUGCUUCGUCGUCUGGUGCACCCAAGCGGAAGCCCAGCGUGUUCAAGGCAAAAGAGGGAGCAAAGAGGCAGACGGGCGGUCGGGAUGAUGCGUGGAUCGAUAUUAUGGUCAAAGCCAACAACCAGCGGAUGCAUGGACAGGAUGCGCCGUUUGGCGUGUCAAGAAAGACUUGGCCGGGGCAAGCGUCGACUGAUAUGGACGAGGCGGGUCAGCUGUCGGUGAGCGAGGCGCAAAUUGGCGGGUCAGCGCGGUCGGAUGAGUCGUUGGAUGAAGCUGUAGGCGAUGGUCCGCGUUCGUCGACUCCUCCUCUGCACAUUGCAAAGCGAGCAUCCACGGCGAAUUUGGGCGAGCUCAUGGAUGCAACGCACUCGAGAUCUUGCGACUUUGCUGAGCCAAGCGCUGAUUCGUCGAGUGGUACGCCAAGAGCCGAUGCGUCCGACAUGGCGAUGCGCGACGCCUCACUUGGCGAGAUCUCUCACACGCAGCGCUCGUCGUGCUCGCCGCCACGAGCAGCUUCACUGAAACCUGGGCCGCCGAUCGACGCAGUGGCAGCGGCACGAGCCGCGCUGAAAUCGCGCAAACAGGUCCCUGCACGUCCAGCGCCACAGAUCGAUACCAAGAAGCUGGUCGAAUCCUUGCGGGCUGGAUUGUCGCCGAUCGAGGCUGUGCGUGCGAGCAAGGGAGCACGAGGUUCGGCGUUUCCGCAAGUGGCGGAUGGAUCCGCGAGUGGCAGUGAGGAUGCGCUCAAGUCCAAGGCGUACAGGAAUGUGUUUGCCAAGGAUCCGGUUGCGGGGAGGGUGGCAGAUGUUGCCAGUAAGUUUGGCGGUAGCGCUGCAGCUGGUGGGUCUGCCGCGUUGGCCGAAUCGGCUGCUCGUAGUGGCAUCCCCGAGAUAAAGAGGAAGCCACACGGUGAGAUAGGUGAUAAGCCGCUUGCGCCUGCGCCUGCUUCUGCUGUUGCUGUUGCUUCUGCGAGUGAUGUUGCUGACGAGACGGAUGCAGGCUUGUCGAUUCGACCGGGCUUGCAACAACGCGAUUCGAUCGACUCGACGUGCGAUCCAGACGAGAUCUACCCGGAAGAUGCGGCGAGUAACUUUGAUCCGAAAGACCACGCGAGUCGCGACAGCCCGCUCCUGUGCACGCGCGCGCUCGACACUGACCACGUAGAACACCUAGCGCACCAUCCCCACCAGUAUUCGUGGCGCUCAAAUCAGGCUCUCCCACAACCAGACCCCUCCCUCCCCUCGCGCUUCACCCAACCAUACCAACCCGGCAUGCCCCUAGACAACGUCCUCGAAGAAUCAGAAAGCGUCCUCAGCUCCUCCACGAACCUCUAA